CUCUUCGUUUCCGUUUCUUUUCUUCGUUUUGAGUCUACAUGUCGGCAUUCCUAACUGGAGGCUCGAGCACAGAGAAGAUAGAGGGAUAGAUAGAUUAGAUUCGCCAUAUAUUACACUGGUACAAGGAAAAGUCUUCCUUUUUUGGCUUGGUUGAUAAAUUUCCCGAGUAGAAGUUUUAGGGUAAUAUCAGACGGAAAAAGGAAAGAAAGGAUAAACUACUAUAUCAAUUCAUAGAGAUGAAGGCGAUCGGCGUCAUCUCCCGCUCAGUCCCUUCCUUUUCAGGUGCUGCUGGAAUAGAUGGCUACGGCCACUCCCGCAAAGCUGCUGAAUCUUUUUCUUCUUCUUCUUCUUCAUUUACUGGUAUUGGUUUAGGAUUGAGGAGGGUCUGUCGUAAAACGAGGAAGUUUGUUGGGCUUUCCGGGCACGAGUUUCGUCGGAGCGAUCACUUGGACUAUUACUCCUCAGGAGGAGGGAAUAUCACGUGUGGCGGUGGGUGGUGGGGGAAAGAAAGAGAAGGACAUGAACAAGAAUGAAAAGGAGCACAAAGCAACGAAGAAGAUGAUGAAGAAGAGGUUGAAGAUGCUGGAGGGCCUGUCCAGGGACUUGUCCAUGUUCUCUUCUGGUGGGAUGAAUUUUGGUUUUGCUGAUAAUACUUUAUUUGAUGAAGUCAAAGCCAAUACGAUCGCUGAGGCGGCUGAGGUAUUGCAGGUCAAAUCAAACAGCUAAUAGCGAAGGAUACGGAAUUGAAGAUGACAAGGAAAGGUGAGAAAAUGAGGGCACAAAUGCAAACUAUGCCGGAAUAUGGACUUUCUUCGAGCUCAAUGUCGUCAACCUCUUCAGAUUCUAGUGACAAUGAAUGUGGGCAGGUAGUUGACAUGAAAGAAGAAAAUUUUCUAAAACCAGUUAUUGAGCAUGAAUCAGUAGCCCUUCCUGGCCUUUUGGCGGAGGAAAAGGUCGUGACCAAUUCCCAAACACCAAUUUUAGAUGUUCUGUCCGUCAUUCAGAGCUCAGAAACUCAAGAACGAACCUCAACCAUGGGUGCAUGUGUCGAGAUUGGAAGUUCAGGGAGUUCAGAUCAAGGAUACUGCUUUGGAAGCGGUAGCUUCUUUAGAGAUUAUGUGGAUAAUGUAAGUUCCAUUGAUGAGUGCCUAGCUGCAGGAGUAUCACCCAAGAAAAUCGAGGUUUGUAUGGGUGGUAAAUGCAAGAAAUCGGGUGCUGCAGCGCUUCUGGGGGAACUCCAAAGGCUAGUUGGCAUUGAAGGAGCUGUCUCCGGAUGCAAGUGCAUGGGCAAAUGUAGAGAUGGUCCUAAUGUGAGGAUUCUCAAGGGUCCUGAGAGUGUUACUAACCCCUUGUGUAUUGGUGUGGGCUUGGAGGAUGUGGAUUUGAUCGUGUCCAAUUUCUUUGGAGACAGUUCUGAACGUAGCCUCCCUGCAACAUCAUAGAUUGUUACCGUAAGUAGGAUGGGAUGGCUGGCUGACGCCAGGUCUCGCUAGCAUUGUGUAGAUGCAACUGCUUUGGUUGGCAACGGGGUAAAUAUCUCUCCGUUUUCCAUUAUCACAAGGCAAUUUCACAUUUGCCCUUUUUUCCACACAGUUAUAGAUUAUUAGGGGAAAUAUUUUGCAUUACCUAAAUUCUAGAGUCAUAGCUCAAUGCUUUGCAUGUCUGAGUAUUGGCUCAUAGGGCAGAUGAGUUGGUAAAACAUGGAGGUCCACGAAUUGAAAAUGAAGAGAAAUGCCUGAGAAAAUACGCCGUGUUCGUGAACUGGCCUCGAGCUCAAUAUUUUCAACCUUAUCUUUCAGAAUCAAGUUACGUUAAGUGCAAAGAGGUGGUUAAUGACAUGAAAGCAGAAAAUUUUGUAAGUCAGUUGUUGAGCUUGAAAAGUUAGCCUUUCUUGAACUUUUGGUGUAAGAAAAGGUAGUGAUGAACUCCAAGCACCUAUUUCAGAAGCUCUGUCCAUCAUUCAGAGCUUAUCAACUCGAGAAUAAACCUCAACUAUAGCUGCAUGUAUUGAGAAUGGAAUGUCAGGGGGUCUAGGUGAAGGAGACUGCUUUGGGACUGGUAGCUUCUUUAGAGAUUACGUGGACAGUGACAUCAAGGGCUCAGUUGCAGGAGCAUCACCCGAGAAAAUCAAAGCUUGUUUUUUUGGGUGGUGACUGCAAGAAUCUAGUGCUGCAACUCUUUUGGGGGAACUUCAGAAUGCAAGUGCAUGGGCAAAUGUAGAGAUGUUCUUAAUGUGACGAUUCUCAAUUGUCCUGCUGAGGCUGCUAAUAAUCCCUCGGGCAUUGGUGUAGGUCUGAGGAUGAGGAUUUGAUCAUGGCCAAUUUCGUUAGAGAGAGUUCUGAAUUUAGCCUCCCUGCAACAUCUUAGGUUGUUAUGCUAAUGUCACUUCUCACCGAUAUUGUGCAUAUGUAACUAUUUUGGUUGGCAAUGUGGCGAACAGUUCUCCGUUGUACAUUAUCACAAGGCAAUUUUACAGUUGUACAU